AUGGCGGAUGCGGAGCACAAGGACGUCGUGCUACACAACAUCUCGCCGUCGAUUGUCGAGCACGACAUAGCUAUCUUCCUCGAGCACCACCUCAAAAUUAUCGCAAAGGAAUGCUAUCAAGCGGACGACUGGCCGGAUGUAGAGACCAUCGGACUGUUAGUGCAGAGUGCAUGCGGUCUGUUCAUCUGGGCUGCUACUGCCUGUCGCUUCAUCCAAGAAGGCGGACAAUUCGUUGCUGACCGACUGCGUGCUAUCCUGCCCGAACAGCGAUUGGACAGCAUAUACCUUACAGUGCUCAAGAGCCCCGUUCGCAGAUACAGGAAACAGGAAAGGAAGAGAUGGUGCACGCUGAUAAGAGAGACACUCGGGGCCAUCGUGCUUCUGCAAUCGCCGCUUUCUGCUUCUUCGCUGGCUCGGCUACGCCGCGUUCCUACAGAGGAUGUGCAUCGAACGCUGUAUGAGCUGCACUCGAUUGUAGAUGUCCCACAAGAUCCGAACCGGCCAGUGCGCUUGCACCACCCUUCGUUCCGCGACUUCUUACUCAAUAGAAAGAGAUGCGGCGACGACAGCUUCUGGGUAGAGGAGAGGAGCACACAUGAGAAGCUGGCGUCUCGCUGCCUUGAGCUCAUGUUGGCGCCUGGCGGCCUUCGGCAGGACAUGUGCGGUCUUUCGAAGCCCGGGAUACUGAGUAGCGAGAUAGGAGAGGAACUAGUGGCUGACAGCCUGCCGCCCGAGCUGCAGUAUGCGUGCCGCUACUGGGUCGAGCACCUUGAGCGCAGCCAGCAGAGAAUCGCUGACAGAGACGCAGUGCACAUCUUUCUCCAGACGCAUCUUCUGCACUGGCUCGAAGCGAUGAGCCUGAUGGGAGAGACAGGCCAGUGCGUGCGCUUGCUGGCAAGGCUGCAGGCGUUGGUAGCGGUAAGAGUCGCAGAGGCACCCCUGCAGGUAUACUCGUCAGCGCUUGUCUUUGCACCAGAGAGGAGCAUUGUUCAAAAGACGUUCGUUGAUCAGGUCGCUCAGGAAGUGCAGAUGCUGUCAUGCAGAGAUGCAGACUGGGACGAGUGCCGCAGCGUGCUGGAGGGCCAUACAGACAAUGUCAAUGCGGUAGUAUUCUCGCCAGACGGACAGCUGGUCGCCUCAGCAUCCCACGACAAGACAGUGCGAGUGUGGGAGACGGCAACAGGCACGUGUCGCAGCGAGCUGAAGGGCCAUUCAGACACUGUCUGGGCGGUGGUGUUCUCGCCAGACGGACAGCUGGUCGCCUCAGCAUCUAGUGACAAGACAGUGCGAGUGUGGGAGACGGCAACAGGCACGUGUCGCAGCGUGCUUGACAGCCCUUCUUCUUACAUGGACAAGCUCACGUUCUCGCCAGAUGGUAGUGCUCUGCAUACCGACCGAGGAGACAUUCCGCUGCCUUCAGACCUGAACCCGACGUCGGCUUUGGAGCCAGAAGAGUAUGCUUCCCACCUCUCAGUAGAGGCCCAGUGGGUGCUACGCAAUACGCAGCGCUUUCUGUGGCUGCCGUUUGAGUAUCGCACAUACAACACAGCUGUAUGCAGGGACAUGGUCUGUCUUGGGUGUCCAUCUGGGCGUGUGGCUUUGCUCAAGCUAAGAUAGGACUGUGUGUAGGGGCGCUGCGGUUGUCCGCAGUAGCAUUCUCAUGAACGCAUCGUACUGCGUAGACAGCACCGCAGACGCAAGCACAGAUAACACGGACAGUUGUUACGAUUGUAGAUGUGUUCAGAGUACAUGUAAUAUUUGUCAGAGCUGCUGGCUGGCUUGCGCAUAGUAGAUGAAUUGUAACAUCCAAGGUAGUUAAAGACGCAGU